AUGAUAACACGAAGAGCUGCAGCUAUACAAAGGACACGCCCACCAUCUCCGACCACGUCGCCCAGCUCCGCCCCGCCAUCAUCGGCACCACCACCAGAUGCAGUGGUGUCAUCGACGGUUGUAGGCGCGUCGAGCUCUAGCGACGAGGCAACAGAGGGAGGAAGGAACCUGACAGCGUACCGUGUCAGAAUGCUUGCCUUGUUUCAGGAGUUCGAACCAACCAUCAACGUGUCGGCACAAAGACUGUCGGAUCAGGUGCGAGUCAUUCAGCGUAAUCGUAUGUUGGAUGAUAUUGUACUUGAUCGACUGCAAAGUGAAGAACUCAGGAGUCGUGUCAUCAUUCCGCUGCAACAAAAUAUAGAGGAACCAACACAAAUUGAACCUGUUGUUGCACCGAAUGAUGAUAGGACUACGGAGGUAAGUACUCACAAAUGCAGUGAAGAAUUGAGGAGGGCUUUGGAGGAUGCGAUUCGGGAAUACUGGUUUAUAUCGCCCUCUCUUAGACCGCGUUUACCUCGUCUGCCCAUGCAUAAAAAGAACAGGGCGCUAGUAUGUGCCCUGGACUCGGAGCUAUCAAAUUAUUUUGAUAGUUCUGAGGACCUUAUCGAUAGUCAUUCAAUUCUGUACUGUGGAGCAAUAGCAGCAUGCCGUGUAGCUAACGUAAAACUACUCGAAAGAGAAAACAACAGCACACGGCAGAAACCAGCUGUACCAGCUUGGCAGUGCAGGAUUGAACGACGUAUCGAUGAGGCUAGGACACUUAUUGCCAAAUUGCUCUGUUUCAGGGAGGGCAACACGCGCCCAAGAGUGAUGCGUUUUGUGAGGCGGGCGUUCCUGGGGAUGGAUAUAAACCCCCAGGACUAUGUCUCACAUAUUACGGAGCGUCUUGACUUCCUGAAACAGAGAAUUUAUGCAUGGGCAAACCGUAUUCGUCGGUAUAAGAAGCGAGUGGAACGGUAUACACAGAAUCGCACAUUCCAAAGGGAUCAAAGGUGGGUGUAUAGAAAUUGGGAGCUAAAAGAACAGACUAGGACUGACACGUGCCUACCAGAUGCUGAUGUUACGACGUCGUUCUGGCGUAGCAUUUGGUCGGCACCUGUUUGUCACACUGAAGGGGAUUGGAUUGAGAAGGUUAGGCGAAAAUGUGAACUGGUACCAGAAAUGGAACAAAUCUCCAUAACCACGGAAGAUGUGUCUAAUGCAGCCUAUCCGUUGGCUAACUGGAAAGCUCCAGGCCCGGAUGGGCUGCACAAUUUCUGGAAUAGGUCCCGUGGUACUAAGGAGCUUCUCCUCAUUGACAUGUCCAUUUGCCAACAGGUUCGUAGAUCUCACAAGAAUUUGUCCACAUGCUGGAUAGAUUAUAAGAAGGCCUACGACUCCGUGCCACAUACAUGGCUCAUGAGGGUACUGGAGCUGUACAAAGUCGAUACAGCUCUGCGUGCUUUCCUGAUGUCAUGUAUGAGACAAUGGAGAACAGUUCUUCGCUAUCCAGGAUGUCGACAAAUUUGUGAGAACGAUGAACCCUAA